AUCAACACCUUUUUUAUUUGCUAUUCAUUUUCAUUAUCAUGGGCCAAACACACGGAAAAGAAACAGUAGAAGAAAAGCCAACAGCGAGACCUUCUAUAAAGUCCAACUUUAAACCAAAAAAGCACUUGACGAGAGUUGAGAUUGUGUCUUUACAGCAUACGUUCAAACAACUACAGUCGACAUUUCCUGAUGGUUUUAGUUGUGUUGAAGCCAAAAAAUUCUUGGAACAUUUAAAUUUUCCACAACAAGUUGAACCUGCUGCUGUAUUAUUAUUCAAAUCAUUUUCAUACUUGGGUUCUUAUCCUAACUGUACUGUAGCAGGACCAGUGCCUCUUUCAUUUGACGCAUUUAUCACUGCCUUUGUAGUUCUGGUGGGACGCCUCGAUAAUGAAAUCCCCGGUUGCAUUUUAUCAGAAUCAUUAUUUUUCCAAUCAUUAUCCAUAUUACCCAUACCGGAAGAGAAAGCAGCUAUUGUUGAACCACCUAAAGAGACACAUGCUGAUCGUUCAUCCAAGGGACUUUCUUUAGCUGAACUCGGCGUUGAUUUUAGUGAUUUAGAUUUCAACCCUAAACCAGAUGAGGAUGACAAGGAUGAUGGAUCAAAGAUCUUGUGUCGCGAUCUUGUUGAAUUAUUUGUUUUACUAUUGUGGCUUGGUGAGGCAGAUCAGCCUUCACAUGAUUUCAAGCGUAUUCGGCAAAUGGCUGUCAACAUUGUAAACACGAUUAAGCCAUCCUCCCUGGAAGACGAAGAAUUGCCUUGUAUUUCAAAUUGUUUAUUAAGGCAGUGGAAAGAUGCGUUUUCACCUCAUCUGUUUAAACCACUACAGUCACUUAUCACAAAGUCAUUUACCUAUCAUAAUAGUGAUGAAUCUAGAUUAUUACCUCCAGAUAAAGUACCUAUUGUAGAUGAUAGUGAUAUACUGACACCCUUAUAUUCUACAUUGAUAUCAUGGGCUUUACCCGAAACAAUUCUGAUAACUAAACAAUGGACACGAUUAUACUCUGCAGACAGAGACGGCUUUUCGAUGAAUCGAUUUGAGUCUCAUGUGUUUAAAUACCCGGGCCCAACACUACUGGUGAUGCAAGUGUCCAAUAAAGAAAGAUCCAUGACGUUGGGAGCAUUUAUCACACAACCAUGGAAACAAUCCAAACAUUUCUGGGGAUCAAGUGAAUGUUUCUUAUUUGAGUUGGAUCCUCAAUUCGACAUUUUUCGAUCCACAGGUAUUAAUAAGACGGAAAAUUACAUUUAUUAUCAUCAUGAUUUUGGCAUCGGAUUUGGGUCCAAUGAAAAUCAUCCAACACCCAACGGAUUUAUCUUGUACUUGCAAAAUACCCUACAGGAAGGCCUAUACCAAAACGAAGCCUAUCCUUCUCAACCCACAUUCGAAAGUGCUACCAAAAGUCGAAGACAUCUCAACUUUACUUGCCCUUUUGACACGGAAAAUAUCGAAGUGUUCGGUUUAGGCAACGAAAAAGACCGGGAAAGACAGGCUCGAGAGUGGAAGUUUGAUCAACAAGAAGCUGAACGAAGAAAUGGUUUAAACAUAAGACAAGCAGAUGGAAAUUUAGAUAAGGAGCUUUUAAAAAUGGCCGGUAUUAUUGAUGAAAGACAAGAGCGAUAAUAUUAAUAAUAAUAAAAAAACACAAG